AUGUAUAAACCUCCGCUCUACAAACAGCUCAUGUAUGAACCUCUUCUCUACACACAGCUCAUGUAUAAACUUCCUCUCUAUACACAGCUCAUGUCUGAACCUCUUCUCUACACACAGCUCACGUAUGAACCUCCUCUCUACACACAGCUCAUGUAUGAACCUCCUCUCUACACACAGCUCAUGUAUAAACCUCCUCCCUACACACAGCUCAUGUGUGAACCUCCUCUGUACACGCAGCUCAUGUGUGAACCGCCUCUCUACACACAACUCAUGUAUGAACCUCCUCCCUACACACAGCUCAUGUAUGAACCUCCUCUCUACACACAGCUCAUGUAUGAACCUCCUCUCUGCACACAGCUCAUGUAUGAACCUCCUCUCUGCACACAUCUCAUGUCUGAACCUCUUCUCUACACACAGGUAAUGUAUGAACCUCCUCUCCACACACAGCUCAUGUAUGAACCUCCUCUCUACACACAGCUCAUGUAUGAACCUCCUCUCUACACACAACUCAUGUAUGAACCUCCUCCCUACACACAGCUCAUGUGUGAACCUCCUCUCUACACACAGCUCAUGUAUGAACCUCCUCUCUGCUCACAGCUCAUGUCUGAACCUCUUCUCUACACACAGCUCAUGUAUGAACCUCCUCUCCACACACAGCUCAUAUAUAAACCUUCUCUCUACACACAGCUCAUGUAUGAACCUCCUCUCUACACACAGCUCAUGUCUGAACCUCUUCUCUACACACAGCUCAUGUUUGAACCUCCUCUCUACACAUAG